GGACCCACCGCUGGGAGGGAAAGAAGAGGGUGAGAGUGAGCAACGGCACGACAUGUGCCUGCACUGGCUUUCCUCAGCGGUGCUGCUGUUCUUUUUGUUGGUGUGCUGCGGCGGCAGUGGGGCUGGGGCCAGCGCUGCGGGGACGCAGGAGGCGUCGAAGGAGGUGGAGCUCUUCAAACCAGGGGAAUCUCCAGUGUUUUCUUCUGGAGAAGAGAGCGAAAUUGGCACUCGUUAUGAAAGUGUCUCCUCUUUCUACAGCUACUCCCUUCUUGAGGUGAAUGGGGUGCUGGUUGCGCUUGCCGUCGGCGCACACGGCAGCGGUGACAGCGACGUGGGUUUUGAAAUGUGGGCCAAGUACAGUGCGUACGGGGCAAAUGAAAAGUUGAGCGAAGACGCUGCAUGGGACGGAACGGAGUGGAAGACGCAGCUUGUGACGAAGCGACCGGAAGCAGAGGGCUACCUUGUAUCACCGCUUGGCCCCAAGGCUGUGGGGAAGGGCAAUAAAAUACAUCUGCUUGUGCCCACAGUGACGAUGACCGGCACUUCUCCGCAGCGUGAAAAUAUUCGGUGGGGACUUGCGUUGAUUGUUGGUGAAGUUCAGGGGUCCACGGGCGAACGGGGAGAGGGACGAGUCUCGUGGGGGGAACCCCGGCUGUUGGAUUCCGUGCUUGCCGGACAGAUGCAGCAGCAGUCUUGGGAAGUGCUGCAGCCCGCGAGUAUGUCCAGAGGCGUCGCGGUUGGGGACGCGACGGUUCUUUUCCCUCUUGCGGGAUUCACUACCGACGGAACAGGCAGGCGUGCAUGCACCGUCAUGCGCUCCGAGGACAAUGGGAGCAGCUGGAAGCUUCCUGCGGCGCCUGUGGUUGCUGAGGACUGUAACUCUGCCACGCUUCUCGAGUGGGAGGGGAAACUCUUCAUGGCCACCUCCGGAUCUUCUCCGUGGCGGCGCAGGGUCUUCGAAUCCGGUGACGAGGGGAAGACGUGGAACGAGGCUGCCGGGCCCUUCGCACGCCUGUUGGGCGACGCCUACGCAUUGCCUCUCCUCGACCCUUCUGCCGCCCUCAUCACUGCAACCAUCGCGGGCAGGAGUGUGCUGCUGUACACCACGGUAAUGUCAGUCCAUAGUGUUGGGGGCAAAAGGCACCACGUACUCCACCUGUGUCUCUCCGACGGUGCCCGGACACACGAUGUUGGGCCAAUAUCUGCGGAUGAGGCGGGCCACGCCCCCUUCAGCUCGCUCCUGUACACAAGAGAUGAGUUGUUUGCCCUCUACGCGAAAGGGGGUGAGAGUGGAAGCUCACAAAGUCUUGUUUUUGCGAGUCUCCCACAGCAGCUCCAGCGCAUCAAAACAGUGCUGCAAACUUGGAAGGACGUGGACGCCAGAGUCGCAAAGCUUUGCAGCUCCGCCGCCACCUCCGCUGCUGCGAAGGGCGCCGCAGAGCCCGCUGCUGCCUGCGUCGGUGCUAUGCCAACGGACGGGCUGGUUGGGUUCUUGUCGAACAAUGGCAACAAUACCCACUGGAACGACGAGUACCUUGGGGUGGGCGCCACGGUGUCUGGGGCAACGAAGGUCGAUGAUGGCUUUGCGCUGGCAGGGCGUGGUGCAUCGAUUGCGUGGCCGGUGGGCAGAGACGAGCGUGGCCAAGAACACGGUUCUGUGGGCGAAGAGGUGACGCUUGUGGCGAUGGUGACCAUCAACGAAGCGCCACCGACCGCCACCCCACUGCUGGGCGUGAGGACAGCGGAGGCUGGAAUGUAUCUGGGGCUGUGGUACGACGAGCAGAAGCGCUGGAGGACGGAGUUCAGAGCAGAAGCGGAUGCACAAAGAAUGACGUGGGAGGAGGGGAGGGCAUACCGAGUGGUGCUCACGGUGAAAAACGGCACGGGCUCGGCAUACGUCGACGGGCAGCUUGUGGGGAGUUUGGAGGAGAAACCCCCGGCUGGUUUUGUUGCUUUGCCUGAGCAUGUGUUUUAUCCCGAAGAAACUCUGCUAUGGAGGGGGCCGCCGGAGAGGGUCUCGCGCAUCCUCGUUGGGGAAUACAGGUACGGCGAAGUAAACGCAGAGGUCCACGUGACGGUGAAGAACGUCUUGCUGUACAACCGCUGCUUCAACGCCAGUGAGGUUGCCGCUCUGCAGGAGAAGGAAAAGGAGGAGACCAGCGUGACUGCGCCGGAGCCGGGGGAGGUGCCUCGCACCGCCGCAUCCUCCGUCAGUGGCCCGACGAGCUCUGCGCACGGCGAGGCCGCAGCAGCUGGCGGCGUGUCGAAGGAGCCGUCAGGGGCAGCCGGCACUGGCUCCGCGGCGACCGACGCGGCUGGGAAUUCUGCGGGGAGUGCGUCGGUGACGCGCGGUGCACCGGCGCCGGGCCUAAAUAACGCCUCCGCCGCACUUGCGAAGGAGGCUGCGGGCACAGUGCAGAGGGAGGCUGGCGGCGGCGACGGCACUGCGCGUGGGCGUCUCUCUGCGGUGCCGCUGCUGCUGCUGCUGCCGCUUCUGCUGGGGCUGUGGGUGUGGGUCUCGCUCCUCUGA